UGAACUUUGAAAGUUGAAGAACAUAGAAUGGGUGAGGCUGAUGAUGGUUUGAAGUCAAAGAGGAUAGUCAUUGUGACUGUUGGGACAACCUAUUUCGAUUCCUUGGUUAGAGCUGUAGACACUCAGGAAGUUAGAGAAGCAUUUUUCAAGAAGGGCUAUACUCACCUCCUCAUUCAAAUGGGUCGAGGGUCUUACAUCCCCGCAAAGUCUACCAGAGAAGACGGGUCCCUUUCUGUGGAUUAUUUCACAUUUUCGUCAAGCAUAGCUGAGUUUUUUACGUCCGCAUCUCUCGUUAUUAAUCACGCAGGUUCAGGAAGUAUAUUUGAGACAUUGAGACUGAGAAAACCCCUCAUUGUUGUAGUUAACGAGGAUUUAAUGGACAGUCAUCAAAGCGAGCUGGCUGAAGAAUUGGCGGAAAGAAAGCAUUUGUUCUGCGCUCGUCCCCAAACGCUUUAUGAGACCAUUUCUGUAAUGGAUUUGGAUUCUGUUGUAGCUUAUCAACCUGGUGAUGCUACGUCGGUUGCUAAAUUUAUUAACAGGUUUCUAUGUUUCACCGACGAAUGACAAGAAAAUGUAACAAAUAGUUUGACUGUUUACGUUAAAUGUUUAAUUAUAAAAAAUCGAUACGGUUUACUUAGUUAAGUUUGUAAUGUGGGCUGAUUUAGAAUCAUGAUA